AUGGCUGCGCCCAUCAUUCGAAAAUCUGGGUUUACUUUUUGCCGUUUUUUCGCAAAUUCCUCGGUUUUGAGAUGUGUUGUAGAUGACACACGGGUAGCUUUUGCCAUAGACACUUCAAUUAAACAAAUGAAACCGGGCAUUGGUAGUUUACAACCAAGAUGCCUUCAUGUCUCAUCAUGUCGCCUCGAUCUGGAGGAAUUCUUUGAUGUCAAGAAGCAUUGGGGUGCGACGUCAAUAAAAACUGGUCGUCCUUGGUUAACAGAUGAACUGAGGCUGAAAACAAAUGUGGAGCUCCAUAAGCUGUGGUAUGUCCUCCUGAAGGAGAGAAACAUGCUGAUGACAAUGGAAGCAGAAUACACGAGGCAGAAGGAGUUGUUUCCUAAUCCGGAGAGGAUGGAGAAGGUCGAGGAAAGUAUGGAGAACAUCCAAGAGGUUGUUGCCGAGCGGAAUCGUGCAUACAAUGUGUUGGAAACAGGAAAAACUGGCGAACCAGAACUUAUCGAGGAUGUGGACGUAAUAGGUCGGCCAGUCACGAGGCUCCAGAAAGAACAUUAUAUCCCAAAGCACAUGAACAACUCAUUUAUGAAAAAGUACCGCUUGCUGGGUCCAUGGGUUUAUAAAUAUUUGCAGUUGUGGCGUGAGAAAAUGUUCAAUGCGAGCCGUUACCGAGAAAAGAAAGAAUUGGCAGAAAAACUCAGAUUGAAGAAAGAAUUUCCAAAUGCUGACAUUGACUAGAUCGUCAAGGAUAAAAAAGGCUACAUGUAGCUCUUAUUUAUUCUUGAUGGCUGUGACUGUGUAAUUGCUUCCUAUGUGAAACAAAAAGAUCUCUCAUCUGUUGGUCAAACUCGUAUUUGCUGGGUCUGAUAUUGAUCACAGGUUUUUUGCGGAGGUUUUUUUGCCUUGUUUAUGAUUACAAGAGAAUCUGGACAGGACAAAAUAUUUCCCUCGUAUGAGGGGGGGUCUUGUGUGUGAAUAUGUUUGUAAAAUAAAACAUUAGGUUUGGUUGAA